AUGGAUACUAUGAAGAAGGAAGAUGCCCAGGAAUCGCAAGUCUCCACGCAACCCAGGAGAACUCUGUUCGUCCGAUCGCUACCCGCUUCCACCACGACGGAGAGCUUGACGGAAUAUUUCUCGCAGUCCUACGUGAUCAAGCACGCCCUUGCUGUCCUUGACCCGGAAACCAAGAAAUCGAAGGGAUAUGGUUUCGUGACCUUUGCUGAUGUCGACGACGCCAAAGCCGCCUUGGAGGAAUACAAUGGCUCCGUGUUUGAGGGAAAGAAGAUCAAGGUUGACUACGCCCAGCCCCGUCAUCGUACGAUCGACGAAAGCCUGGGCAAGAGUGUACCUUCUUCCGAAGCCCUUGAACGGAAGAAACAACGGGAACAGCAACGGGCGGCAGCCCAGCCACCGAAGUUGAUCGUCCGCAACUUGCCUUGGAGCAUUAAAGAACCGGACGACCUUGCGGUUCUUUUUAGAAGCUUUGGCAAAGUCAAGCAGGCUACACUUCCUAAGAAGGGUGGUCAAUUGGCUGGUUUUGGAUUCGUGAUUUUGCGAGGAAAGAAGAACGCCGAAAAAGCGCUAGCCGCAGUCAACGGGAAAGAGGUCGAUGGAAGAACCUUGGCCGUCGAUUGGGCCGUUGAGAAGAAGGUUUGGGAGGAUUUGCAGAAGGGCGCUGAAGAGCCGAAAGAAGAAGAUGCGGAGGAAUCUAGCGAUGUUGCCAUAGCCGAAGCCGACAAGGAUGAAGAUGAAGACGAUGAUGAGUCUAUGUCUGCUGAGGAAGACGAGGAGGACAUUGACAGCGACGAAGAGCUGGACGAGGAUGAAGACGAUCUUGAAGAACCAGAGGAAGAAAAAGAGGACGAAAGAACCGCUGCCACGGUUUUCAUCCGGAAUCUGCCAUUUACGUGUGACGACGAAAUGCUGUAUGAGCAUUUCACCCAAUUCGGAAACCUUCGAUAUGCCCGCAUUGUGGUUGACCACGAAACAGAACGCCCUCGUGGCACUGGAUUUGUCUGUUUCUGGAAGGCCGAGGAUGCAGCGGCGUGUGUGCGCGACUCCCCCAAGCAGCAAGAUCCAGUUGUCGCCGAAAAGGAAAAGUCCAAGAAGGCCUCCACUGCCAUGAAACAUUCUGUUCUGCAAAAUGAAAAUGCCGAUCCCACCGGACGGUAUACCCUCGAGGGCCGUGUACUCCAAGUCUCUCGUGCAGUGAGCAAGUCGCGCGCCGCCCAGCUCGAAGAGGAGGGAGUAUCACGCCGAUUAGUCCGCGAUACUGACAAGCGUCGCCUGUUCCUCCUCUCCGAAGGAACGAUCCCGCGCAACUCUCCACUGUACCAGAAGCUGUCACCCUCCGAGGUCAAAAUGAGAGAAGACAGUUACAAGCAGCGACAGAAUUUCAUCAAGAAGAACCCCGCCCUUCACUUGAGUUUGACCCGACUUUCGAUCCGGAAUAUCCCACGACACGUCACCUCGAAGGACCUGAAGCAGCUCGCGCGACAGGCUGUUGUUGGGUUUGCCAAGGAUGUCUCAGCCGGUAUCCGCGAACCUCUUUCCAAGGACGAAUUGCAACGAGCCUCUGACGAGAUGAAAGAGGCCGAGCGCCUGAGAAAGAAGAAGGGAUUGGGUGUUGUGAGACAGGCUAAGAUCGUGUUCGAAGGUCGUGAUGGUAGCAAGGUCGCCGAGGACAGUGGCGCCGGAAGAAGCCGAGGAUAUGGAUUCAUUGAGUAUUUCACUCACCGUCAUGCGCUGAUGGGUCUCCGGUGGCUGAACGGCCACGCGGUGGAAGCGCCAAAGACCGGCUCCGAAGACGUGAAGGACAAGAAGAAACGGCUCAUUGCAGAGUUUGCUAUUGAGAAUGCCCAGGUUGUCAAACGUCGAGCGGAGCAACAGGCCAAGGUGCGCGCUUUCAAGAAGGAUCAACAGAAGGGAGAGAAAGCGCCGGGCGGCGACCAGUCGAAGGGCAAACCGUCUCCCAAGGGCCAGAAAAGGAAGCGGUCGGACAGUACUGGAGGGAAAGACAAGGAUUCGGGCGAUACGGAGGAACAGAACAAGAUCGCUAAACGCAAUCGGAUCAUUGCGAAGAAGCGGAUGCAACGGAGAACUCGGAAAGGAAAGGCGUGA